CAACACUCCGCUGUAGCAUUAUAACCCAAUGAAUUCAAUGCCGGGUUGCCCAGCUUGGCGAUUCCCGAGAGGGUAUCCCGUGUUUAACUCCUGGCAGCGGAAACCUUUUUUCAAUUUUAUUUCUUUUGUCUUCUAACAACUUUUCGAACUCUUACAAGGUCUAGGCCGUCUAGCAAUUAGGAGGGGCCGCUAGCGAAUUAGUUAAAGUGCCUUCCAAAGUCAGAAGUUUACCUGUGAUUAUUUGCACUUCUCCCAGGGAAAAGAAAUUAAAGCUCAUCAUAUUCGCUCGCUACUAAUCUAGCUGAGACAUCUUUGAUCGUUCCAGGGGUGAAGAAUGUGGUUGAUUCAUUCUGGGAUGGUCAAAGAGAGCCAAUUUUAAUUUGAGGCUGGAAGUGGAAUGAGCAUGCUCAAAAUUUGCAGGAUCCGAAAAAGUUCUGCCAGGCAAAGAGCUGGUCAUGCUGAAAGAACUGGACUUGCGGUAUGUUGGUUAAGGUACCUAAAACAUAGCGUGUUCCUCAACCAGUCAAAUGUAAUCUCUCUCUCUCUCUCUCUUUCUUCCUGAAACAAAAACUACCACAUCGGUAGUGAAAUGGGUAAGGGAGUCGAUGCCAUGGUAUAAACAAGGAAGCGAGACUGAGUUUGAAACCAUGAUCCUUCAGGCAGUAAGCGGGGCAUGAUGAGUGGGUCAGUCUCGCAAAUUUGUGCGAGAUGGGUGUCCAGUCCAAAGCCUGGUUACGACAAUUUGGACACCCCAAUUUGUACCUAUCUGAUCCCCAAUGUCUUACAAAAAACUUGAAGUAAAAAGGAGGCCCAAUAGCCCAGUUGUAAUUGGGGUCCAGUCCAAACCCUGAUUAUUAUAAUUUGGGCAACCCAAUUUUGUACCUAUCUGAUUACCCAUCAUUGCCUUAGAAAAGCUUGAAUCCAAAGUUGAGGCCCAAAAGCCCAGUUGUGGCACUUCUGCUGCCCUCCAGUAGUGUUCGUAGAUCGCCGUUUGGAGUUGAUUGGCAAUAUUUGGAGUUUAGGAGAUUGACUAAGAUAAAGUGUUAAAGAUGAGGGACUUCGGACUCAGCAAGUGUUGAGUAUAUGACAAACUUAUAUUUGAAGGGUUGAUGGGAAAGGGGGGUGUUAAGUGUUAACACAAUCAAGAAAAAGAAGAGUUAAUAGGGAAACAAGAUACAUACGGAGGAAUGAGGAUUGGUUUGAUUGUUGUGAUUGUUUAUGGAAAAAAUGGUAUACGUUUAUUCAUUUACAAUUACAAUGUACUGUUUUUGUUGGUUUUUAAUGAUACACGAUGCAUGGAUUGUUUCUUGUUAUGAUAUGAUAAAUUUAGGGAUGACAAUUUCGAUCUGACCCGUUUUACCCGAUCUGUUUGGCUUGUAUCCGCCCCGCCCCGGCAUGAGUAUCUCUCAUCGAUCUGACCUGCCCCGCCUCGCCUCAUUCUUGACUCGUUCUUGCCUAAAUUACAUGUAAUAUUAGUCAUAUUAUUUAGGAUUUUCCUCUUUUUACCUCAUAUUUUAGCUAUUAUAAACUUGUAAAUAAGUGAUAACCUUAAUUUCUCCAAUAAUUUAACUACAUUUCAUCAUAUCAUGGUGUCUUUCUUGAUCUUUUAAUGAAAAUAAUGAAUAUUUUUAAUGUUUUUCACAUAAAUUAGAUACUCAUUGAGUCGACCUGUCCUGACCCACGCCCCGUGAUAAAUUACCCGACCUGCCACGAGGCGGGUAUGAGUAUCGAGAUACCCGCCGCGGACCUGCCCAUUGUCAUUCCUACAUAGGAACAAUCAUUUUAAAGGUGAGAUUGUUUCCUCUUUUCCCUUAAGAUUUUACAUCAUAUAAUUUGUUUUAUGUUGAAAAGGAUGCGAUAAAGUGACAUCUUUAUUAAAAAUAACUUCGUCCUUUUAAAGUCUAAAGAUAAUAAACAAAUAAACCAAAUAUUGUAAUCUUACAUUGUAAAACUCCUAUGUGUAUUGUCCUCGUAGUAACACUAAGUAUUAUUAUGCUUAUCCUAUCCAAAAAUGGAUUUAUUAAUUUAAUUGCUCCUCAUUCUUAUCCUCACAACCACUCCAUUAUUAAAAUUAGGCCAUUUUAGGAUUAACUAUUACCACAAUACCUAACUUUUAAUUACAUCCUUGCCCCCUCCAUGCUUCUCUAUCCAUUUCUGCCAAACUUAAGUUGUCCUCCACCAUACCGUUUAUUUUAUAGGCACCAUACCGUAUUUUAUUGUGACAUUUAUGAUGGUACAAGGACUUUGCGGUAGAGGUUUUCCCAGUUUGUUGCUUCAUAACAAAUCUCAAAUUUGAAAUUAACUUUUAAAAUGCGUGUUAUUAUCUUUUACUUUUCACGGUGCAAAAAUUAUCAACUUCACCCUAAUCUAAAAUACUAUAGCUCUUUUAUUUUUGAAUAAGAAUAGAAACUAGACAUAUUCAAUAAAUCACCUCAAUUAACCCGUAGAGCCAACAAUAGAGAAGAAAGAAUUGUAGCUUUGAUCAACAUCAAUCAUGUUUCUAAUUAUGGAAGAUGUGAAGGAAAUUGAUUAAAAUUUUCUUUUCCUCCAAGCAACUAUGGCGCAAGAUACCUUUCUUUCAUCAUGACAGACAAUCGGUAUCAAAUUGGAAGCACUCGAUUGUCCAACCCCGCACGACAAUAAUUUUCAGUUUUUUUUUCCUCUCUCAGUAGUAAAGGGGAAGCAAUCCCAUCAAUUUUCUUUUUCUCCAAACGCCAUCUCACAAGGCAAGAACAUCAAUCCAACCCCACAAUCUUCCCUUCCCUUCCCUUCCCACCACCAACUCCCUCUUCAUUUCUUUCUCGCCGGCCAACUGCCGAAACCUCUCUCUCUCUCUCUCCGUUUUUGGGUAUUUUCAUCAUUAUCACCAUGGCUGCUGGAUGGGCAACCGGCCGCCAGAUGGGUUCCUUGCCCUCUACUCCUACUACGAAAUCAGGCGGAGCUGGCGGUGAUGGUGGGAUGGAGUUGAUCCAGAACUGCGAUCUCCCUCCGCCUUCCAAGCUAUUCCACGGCUCCGAUCACGAGCUCGUCGUUUCCUCGAUGAACCGCGUUUUCGCGAUGAUGGGGCGGCGAGAACAAGUAGGCGACGACGACGAGGGCGAGAAGAAAUUGGAGCUCCUGAAAGCGGUCAGAUUGUCGCAGACGCGGGCCAGAGAAGCCGAGAAGAGAUCCGACAGCCUGGGGAAGGAGAAGGAGUGCCUGUCCAAUGCCCUGUUGGGCCAGUCCUUGCAGCUGUCUGCGUAUCGCCGAUGGGCCAGACUGCUCGAGGCCCAUAUUCUCAAGCUCGAAGCAGAGCUGAAAGAUGGCGCCACCAAGUCCUGCUGCAGGUGCACUAGUGGUGGGGAUGAUGAUGGUGCAGGGGAGAGAAUGCCGUGGUUGGUCGCCAUUGCUUUCUGUUUUGGUGCCGGAAUUGUGCUUGGUUUCGCCUACUGGUUUUGAGACAAUACCCUAGUGUUACAGAAACAUACAUGUAAACCAUUAAUGAGAAGCUAUUUUGCAACUUGCUUUUACUGUACAUUACAUAUACCUCUUUAGAAAUCCAGCAAAAUCACUGGAGGCGAAUGACGGAUUGUUGAAAUAACUUGACUGAUUCUAC